AUGAUUUCUUCAGUAAUGAAAUCGAGGUGUUUAUGGGCGCUGGCACGCAGAGCUUCAUCAAAUACAACGACGGCACCGAUUUUGACACACAAAGAGACGGUCGAGCUACUCUACAAACAAGUCAACGACGCUUUACAAAUACCGGCUCCAAAGAAUAUACAUGAGAUUCAACUUGAACCUCGAAAAAUGGUCGACUCUUAUGCUCGGGUUGCGGUACGAUUGUCCGGAAGCGGAGAAGAGCGAAGACGUUACCUGACAGGCAAAGGAACCGUAAGAAUGGGACGACUUUUGGAGGAUCUCGAUCAUUACGCGGUGUGGCUAUGCUAUUUGCACAAUCGGGCCGAUAUAAAUCAAGUUGAUUCACCGCCAUCUUUGCCUCGAUCCAUCGUAACCGGAUGUGUCGACCGAAUUGGAUAUCAUGGAGUCCUCGGUGAUCGAGACCUCAUUUUGGACGGAAAUGUAUCGUGGGUUGGUCGAUCAUCGAUGGAAACAACAAUGCGCGUUUUUCAGGCCGAUGAGGACAAUCACUUGAAACAAAUCCUGAAAGCUAACUUUGUUUUGGUGUCGAGAGAUGCAACAGAUCUGAGUCGAGCGAUGCCUGUUCAUCCUUUAAUGGCUUGUACUCCAGAUGAAGCAGCCAUUCUCCAUCAAGGUGCUGAAGCAAAUAAUGAACGAAAAUAUAAGGAAAAAAAAUCAUUGUUGAAAGUGCCACCAAGGGCUGAUGAAUGGACUGCUCUUCAUCAACUUUUUCUCAACAAUCUCAACCAAACGAAUAGCGGAAAUUACACUGUUGCUCUGAAGCCAGGACACUGUUGGAUGAAAGAUAGUGAGAUGAGAAAUACGGAGUUGUGCUUUCCCGAGUUUCAGAACAUUUACGGCAAAGUUUUUGGCGGAUUUCUGAUGAGAGAGGCUGUUGAACUAGCAUUCAUCUGUGCUAAAUAUUUUUCGAAGGGUCCCGUAUCACUUGUGUCAACCGAUGAUAUUCUCUUCCGAGAAGCGGUGAACAUUGGAGAUCUGAUUCAAUUCACCGCAAGAGUCGUUUAUACAGAGAAGCAUUUUAUGCAGCUACGAAUCUAUGCAGAGACUUGUGAUGAGGAUUUCAACGAAACCAAGAUGACUAACGAAUUCUCGUUCACUUUCCGGGCUGACGAUGCAAAAAUUGUCCCAAAAGUUAUCCCAGACGACUACGGAGCGGGAAUGUUGUAUCUGAAUGGAAAACGAAAUUUCGAGAAAACAGUCAACUAUCUACAGCGUUGCUGUUACUGGCGGAUUGUUCGCAUGGAAGGCCAAGAAACUAGUAGUUCGGAAACUCACCUCGAUUUUGCUGUUCUCCCGGAUGUUCCCCUUCUUUGGGUACUAGAUUACUUGCCAGGACUACAAAUUGAGAAAUGUCGGGGAAUUUCGCGUCUUUUUCAUGGACGUAUUGAUAUGAAUCGGAAAUCGCUGCCCACCGUACAAGUUGAACCAACUGUCUUCAUCACGAUUUUCUUCAAAGACCGCAAGCCAUGCUGGCGAAAGUAUGGAGCUGCUCCAUUGAAGAAAGCCCUCAAGAGAUUCGAUCACAUGUUUCCACGAAUGUCGGUUGAAAGUCUCCAUUUGGAGCUUGAGUAUUUCGACGACACCACGUUUCAUCAAUUGCUGAAGAGGUUUGAGGACUUCAACCUUCGUGGUGAAAAUACCCCAUUGACAUCGUCAUUCUGGCAAGAUAAAUGCAUUCGAGAUUGUCGGGAGCUGUGCAUUGGGGCGAAGAAUUUGUGCUUUGAUGAUCAGGUGCUCUUGAAUUUUGCCUCUCUGAAUUACAUGCUUGGUCGCACUGCUUGUACAUUUAACGGAAUCGCCUCAUUUCUCAACGAAUGGAAAGCCGGAACCCGAGAAGUGACCAAGAUACGACUAUGGGUUCAAUCUGAUCUGAACAUCAGAGCGUUCUUUGCGAUGUUGUCUUGGAAUGUCGAAAUUGCAACGUCGGUCCGCCGCGAUGAUUUAUUCGAGUAUCGUACAGUUAUUACGAAUUCCCUGGGCAAUAGCUCGAGCUAUGGAUCGAGGAAAUCACGAACACGAAGAAAUUUUGUUUUGAGA